ACGAUUGGCUGUAACCCUUGUUGAUAAACUGGUCACAAGCCGACCGAUAUACGGGCUCAACUGUCAAAUUGAUGUUAUUAAGCAUAAUAUUUCGCUAAUACAUGAAGGAUUUCAAGAUCUAUAACCCUACAGCUAAAGGCGUGGGAGUCAGGGUUCAAUGCAGAAGACGGUGGCUGUCCUAGGGGGAGGGAUAGGGGGCCUGUCAGCCUGCUAUCACCUCAGUAAGAGCCCCCAGGUCUCCAAGGUCGUGGUGCUCGAGGGCAGUGGGCGCUGUGGGGGCUGGCUGAGCUCCACACGCAGAGAAGAUGGGGCGGUGUUUGAACACGGGCCUAGAGGGGUCCGGCCUGCAGGAGCAGUGGGGACGAACACACUCAACAUGGUGUCUGAGCUAGGACUAGAGAGUGAGCUGCUCCCCGUCACUUACGAUCAUGUGGCCUCCAAAAACCGCUUCAUCUAUGUUGGGGGACAGCUCCACAAGAUGCCGUCUGGUCUGGGUGGAGUGAUACGGACAUCUCCUCCUUUUACCCAGCCCAUCCUGCAGAGUGUGAUGAAGGAGCUCCUGGUUAAGAGAAGCAAGGAAGAGGACGAGUCUGUCCAUGCAUUUGUCUCCAGAAGACUAGGCUCCGAGCUGGCUGACAUUGCCAUUGACAGCCUGUGCAGAGGCGUGUUUGCGGGAGACUGCAGGGCCCUCAGCGUGCGCUCCUGCUUCCCUCCUCUCUACAGGGCGGAGCAGGCCAGAGGCUCCAUUGUGCUGGGGAUGGUGUUCGGCUCAGGAGGCGGCCCGGUGGUGACGCCAUCCGACCUGGCUACGAGGUCGUCCAAGGAGUCGUGGGCUCAGUGGUCCUUGCGGAGGGGCAUGCAGAUGCUUCCGGAAGCUCUUGAAGACGUCCUGAAUAAUAAAGACCACGUGGAAUUGCACAAACAUGCCCCCGUGAAGACAGUGAAUGCCACUGGGAGUGGCUGUGAGAUCAAGCUGGAGGAUGGAUGUACUGUGAUGGCUGACCACGUGAUUGCAGCACUGCCUGCCAAAUCCCUGGCCUCUAUGCUUCCCCCUACUGCCCAACCCAUGUCACAGCAGCUGCGAGAGAUUGCCUCGGUGACUGUCGCCGUGGUGAAUCUGGAGUAUGAGGGUUCCGUCCUGCCCGUCACGGGCUUUGGACACCUGGUGCCCUCCUCGGAGGACAGUGGGCUGUUAGGGGUGGUGUACGACUCUGUUCCCUUCCCACAACAUAACCGCACUGGAGUACCGUCCACCAGACUCACGGUGAUGAUGGGAGGGGCGUGGUUCCAGGAAACGUUCGGCGACCCUGAUAGCGUUUCGGAGCAGAGGCUGCUGGAGAGGGCCUCCCAGGCCGUGACCUCUCACCUUGGAGUCACGGCAGCACCUAUCUGGAGCUGUGUGGCUCUGCUUAAGGACUGCAUUCCUCAGUAUCACCUUGGACACUGGAAGCGACUAGAGAGCAUGCGGAAGUACAUCAGUGACCACAACAUGCCUCUCACACUGGUCGGUGCCUCAUACGACGGCGUCUCAGUCAAUGAUGUCAUCUUCAGUGGACGGACAGCAGCAGAGAGGCUGGUGGGGGUUGUAUAAUCUGAGUGUGUGAGUGUGUCAGAGCUCCUUCCAGAUUGUAAUAUAUCUCUGACUUAAUGACUUCCUUUUUUAAUUUAGCUAUUUUCCGCUUAGUUUACAUUUGUUGUUUGAUUUGAUCAUCCAGUAUUUUUUCUGAAUUAUCAUUAUACAGGGAGAUAACAUUGUUGAUUUUGAAUCUCAAUGCCAUGAGUAAUAUAGCUAAUCUUACAUUUUGCCUUCAGUCGUCAGCCAUAUGUGCUUUUUUUAUUUUAUUUUAUGUAAUGGAGUGUAUUUAAUCUAAUCAAAUUGGGCAAAUCAAUAAUCAGGAAUGGUACUAUUUAUGAAAUAAGUACCUAUUUUUUUUUAAUCACUAAAAUUGUUAUUGCUAAAAGGUUGAAAACAAAUCUUUAAACUGAUUUAAUUGAAGUUUAAGCACACUGUCAAUAUAAGAUUGUUUAUGUCUGCAGUUCCAGUGUUGCUCCUGUCCCUUGUGGUAAAGGAUCAGAGACAGACUGAAAGACACGUGGAGGUUUCCAUUGGGCACCAUAGUUUCCAUAUGUGUUCUGAAGUUGUCCAUCAUAAAGUAGCAUUUAGCAAAGUUACAGUCAGGAGUGUGGCCGUAAAUGUGCCUUUCUGUUGUCUGUUGUGAAUGUGAAUCUGUGCAUUGCUCGUGGGAAUCAUGUGGCUGCAUCUCUGCCAAGGUGGCCCAUUCGCUCCGAGGCUCCCCAACUUGCCAGCCAUAACUGCAGCCCUUUGAAGCACUGGCUCCCCCUCAGCGUUCCCUUCUUUGAGCACUGACAGCCGGUCUAAAGAGACCGAUUCAGGAAGAACAACAGUCUUCCUGAGAGUGCGUGUUACAUGGGGCCGGGAGCGCUCGCUGUCAAUCAUUCAAAUGUGACCCUGUCUAGAGUUUAUAGAGAAAUCUUUAUUUAUUCAAUGCAGAUUAUUUUUCUGAAAUGGAAUCAGAAUCAUAAUUAUAUAUCUUUGUAAAUAUGGUUUUGUGUUUUGGCAAGCCAAGAAAGGAAUAAAUGGAAAGUUUUGCUAUGCCAUUGUAGUGCUUUGUGUCAGUAUAUCUGCUUUAGGACUGUGUGCAUUUGUGUGUGUAAGAACAAGAGAGAGAAUUAAAGAAGUAUAUCUCUA